GUCAUAUGAUCGCGAGGGAAUCAGGUGCUUCUAUCUUCUACUGGAUCAGUCAGCAAUCGAUAAUAGGUGGCUACGUACGAUUUAUUUCAGUUGAAUUCAACAAUGAAGAGUAGUAUGAGGAAACUCCAGGAUUCUCAAUAUUUCUUCGUUCUGAUCAUCAUCUGUCAAUUCACGUUUUUACAUGCCGGUCCGUCUGCACCCGUUGUAAUAUGGUGUUUAAAUAACCAAUCCGACACCGUUAACCCGACGCAACUCAAUGCAGCGUCAAAUCCACUACAGAAAUUAUCGUCUGAGGAUUUCGAAAGAACUUUGUUCCAAUUAGGCAAGAUCAUUGACCUGCUUAUCGUCGUCGAUGAAUUAUGUGUUGAAGAUUUCAAGAACAAUAAGGUUCUGUCAAAUGCUACCAAUGGCUCCAAACUAUAUUAUCUUCCUUGUGUUGAUACACCAUACUCUGCUUUCCGCAAAACCUUUAUUUAUAAACAGAUGAAGACAAUAGAGGAUAUAAACGAUGAUCAUGAAUUAAACAUGAUUUUAAAAGAUACCGAUUCAAGCACGUGCGUAGCACUCACAGGAAAGGAAUGUCGGUAUAGUCACAAUGAACGUAUCAAGCGUGAUGUUGUUCUUGAUAACUCUACAGAUUUCAAAAUAAAAACAGACAGAGUUCUUCUGUAUUCUAGUGCACCACUAUCAUUUAAGGUUAAACAAAAUGCUGUAUCACUUCCUAGUUCCAAGGCUACAGCAUCAACUCAUAUAGAUGGAGACAAUACACUGAUCUUGACUAUUGAUUUUUCCGAUAUUGAAGAAAUUGGUAGUCUGAUGCUCGAUUUUUUUUUCCCAGUUAAAAGUAUGGGCUAUUACACACUGAAAAAAGUUAAUUACAAAACAAGCAGCAUGAGUGAUUUUCUAGAGACCAAGCUGGACAUUUAUUUUCCAUACAAUUUUUCUUAUCAUUGUUCGCAAAAUAUAGUUUUCAUUAAUGAUACAAUAUAUUUAAAUGUCACAGAUAUGCAAGUUCAAAUUGAUUCAAAAGAUGCGACGUUUAGCGACGCGUACGACUGUGUCGGUUUCACUAGUAUUCCUAUUUGGACAGGUAUUUUUGUGACUUCAUUAUUAACUUUGAUUAUGGCAUGGGGACUCACAAUGAUUAUGGAUAUUCGUACGAUGGAUAGAUUCGAUGAUCCUAAGGGAAAAACUAUAACGAUCUCUGCCGCGGAAUAAAAUAUAAAAAUAAUACCUUCAUAUAAUUGUAAUGUAUUGUAUUGAUAUAUUAUAUGAAAUCUAUAUCAUUACAGAAAAAAAUUAUGUUUGCGGGUGUAUCUUUCAUACCAACUAUUUACAAAAAUUAUUUAGAUUGUUUUAUUUUGACUCAGAAUGAGUAUCCUCAUGUUUAUGGAGAAAACAAAAAUCAGGAAUAGUAUUGAGUAGUGAUAACAGCUAUACUAGUCUCACCAACACAUGAAAUAUCAUUAGGAAGACUUUGACCUGAGGUAUAAAUAUUUACACAUUUUGUUAUAUAUAUAUAUAUAUAUAUAUAUAUAUAUAUAUAUAUAUA